CUAACCAUCAGUGGUAACAAAGUUAUUUAAGACUACAAAAUGAUUACAGUCAAUAAAAUUAUCCAUAACUAUAGUGUUGCAUUAAAAAAAUUUGCACAAAGUAGAAACUUUGCAACCAAAGUGAAAAACAUCCGGGAUGUGGAUUAUCAAUAUUUGCAAAGAAGUAAGAUACCGACUAUGCAUUUCCAGAAAUCAUUGCCUCGGUUACCUAUCCCGGAAUUAUCUAAAUCCGGGGAACGGUAUUUGAAUGCUUUAAAGCCUUUGUUGACUAGCGAUCAGUAUAGCGAAGCAGAACGCAGAACAAACGAAUUUCUAGUAAAAGAGGGCAAAAGCCUCCAAAAGAAACUGAUUGCAAAGGAUAAAGUCAAUAAACACACUAGUUACAUUUCUGAAUAUUGGUUUGAUCUCUAUUUGCGGGAUCGCUUAGCCCUUCCUGUUAACUAUAAUCCCUUGAUUGUAUUUCAAAAUGAUGUGAGGCCAGAGUACAAUAAUCAGCUUGUGAGAUCUACAAACUUAUUGAUAAGUGCUGUGAGAUUUAUGUUAUCCCUGAGAAGCGAACUUUUGGAGCCAGAAGUAUUUCAUUUAAAUCCAAAGAAAAGUAACACACGACUUUUUCGAAGUGUUACAGGGAUGCUCCCUGAGGCCAUAUCAUGGUAUGGUGCAUAUUUAUUCAAAGCAUUUCCUCUAGACAUGAGCCAGUUUGUUGGCCUAUUUGGUGCUACACGCAUUCCACAAAUCGCUAAAGAUAGAAUAUACAGAGAUCCUAAUAGCAAACAUGUGCUGGUCCAGAGGAAUGGCAAUUUUUACAUUUUUGAUGUUCUGGAUGCUGAUGGAAACUUGUUAACUCCUACAGAAAUCUUAGGCAAUUUAAGUAGCAUCUUAAAUGACAAUACACCAAAAGCAGAAUACCCUCUUGGUGUACUCACUUGUCAAAAUCGAGAUGAAUGGGCAACACAACGCAUACAUUUACAGGAAUCUGGCAAUGGAGAUGUUCUACAAAAGAUAGAUUCUGCAAUAUUUAAUUUAGUACUGGAUGAUGAGACAAUACAUGACAAUAAACAUAAGAUCUUGCACCAUUAUCUUCAUGGUGAUGGGACCAACAGGUGGUUUGACAAGUCUUUCAGCCUAAUUGUAACUCGAGACGGAGUGUCAGGUAUAAACUUCGAACACUCUUGGGGCGAUGGGGUCGCCGUGCUAAGAUUCUUUCAGGAUAUAUAUGCGGAAACCAUAAAGAAACCAUUCAUUCACCCAGACACAAAGCCAGCAAAUAGUAACAUAAAUGUAACUAAAUUAGAUCUCGAGCUAGAUGACAAGUCUAAACUUUUCAUUCAAAAGGCUAAAAAUGAGUACAAGGAUUGGUGUGACUCUUUAAGUAUAGACUACAUACUGUAUGAGGGCCUGACUAAGGAAGCCUGCAAAAAGUUCAAAGUCAGUCCCGAUUGUAUUAUGCAGCUUGGUUUUCAGGCUGCGUUCCACCUGCUCCAUGGUAAGUAUGUCGGCACUUACGAGUCGUGCAGUACUUCAGCUUUUAAACAUGGCAGGACUGAAGCGAUGAGGCCAUGUACCGUGCAUACUAAGGCGUUUUGUGACGGCCUCCAUAGUAAGAAGGCUUCUAAGGAUGAUUUGCGAGCAAUCUUGCAAGAGUGUUCUACAACGCACUCCGAGCUUGUCAAACAAGCUGCAAUGGGCCAAGGGUUUGACCGUCAUCUGUUCGCAUUAAUGAAAAUCGCCCAAGACAACAAUAUACCGACACCAGAGUUGUUCGAUUCUUACGAAUACAAGAUUUUAAACAAAUCCAUACUAAGCACCAGUACGUUGUCAUCACCUAGUGUACUCGCUGGAGGUUUCGGACCAGUUAUCCCGGAAGGACUCGGUAUUGGAUAUUCAGCAUUCGCCGACAAAUUAGGUGCGGCAGUAUCAAGCUACCGUACGCACAACGACAGCACGCAGUUUGUUGAAGCUUUACAAAAAUCAUUUAUUGACAUCACUAAAAUUUUGUCUGGGUAAUUAUUUUCUUACGCACACUUCACACCAAGAAUGCAUUUUAUUGUUUUUAAAUGAAUUUGUUGCUUUUCGACAUUAAUUGCCAAUAUCGAAAAUCAUCGUCUUAAUCGAAUGGCAUGGCAUGGCGUUUAGCAUGUAUACCACGCAUGUACAGUAGAUAAUGAUGUGAAGUGUGCCUUAUAUAACAAUAGUAAGCAUAAUAAAGUGAAUUUUGAUCAAUUAAAAAAUGGUUAUUAGGGUAAGAGUAUUGUUUAUUUGCAAGUCUUUAGUAUUCAUAGUCAAUUUCUAAUUUAAUUUGUUCUAUAGUGACAAUAGAAAAAAUGUAACUACACAUACUUGAGAGCAAUUUAGAUAAAUCGACCACUUCUGUUUUUUUUUACUAAUGAUGCUAUUUAUUUUUAGUUUUACGAUUUCCACCAAGAAAUAAUGAGCA